UCAGUUUCUUCUUCACUGUUGCUCUUGCUGCUUGUUUUCUCUGUUCUCAUCAAUGGCUUCUAAUCUCUCUCUCUCGUUCAUCCCGGAAUUUCAUCUUCCACUUGGUAAUUUUCACAAAACAUUUCAAAGAGUUUCUCUCUUUGGCCUUCAUCCGUUGUGUUCGUUUUCCGAUAACCAAAUUCGGAAGAGCAUUUCAAGCUGUAGAGGACGAUCCGCAGCCAUUCGUGUUAUCAAUCAGGAAGUUGUUCAAUCUCCAAGUUCAGAGUCGAUCCGCGAGUCGAAAACUGAUCCUGUUGCAUCUUCUAAACUCGUCCUUGUCGUCGGCGCUUCCGGAGGCGUCGGACAGUUGGUGGCAGCAGCUUUGCUUGACCGGAAUGUCAAAUUACGCCUGUUACUGCGAGACCCCGAGAAAGCAACUACAUUAUUUGGUGAACAAGACGAAGAUAUGUUACAGGUACGCAAAGGUGAUACAAGGAACCCAGACGACCUAGAUCCAUCUAUAUUUGAGGGUGUCACGCAUGUGAUUUGCUGCACAGGAACAACAGCCUUCCCUUCAAAGCGAUGGGAUGGGGAUAACACUCCUGAACGAGUAGAUUGGGAGGGUGUGAGAAACCUUAUAUCAGCACUUCCUCGAUCAGUAAAAAGAGUAGUUCUUGUUUCAUCAAUAGGUGUAACCAAAUUCAAUGAAUUGCCAUGGAGCAUUAUGAACCUUUUUGGUGUUCUCAAAUACAAAAGGCAAGGGGAGGAAUUUCUUCGUGACUCAGGUCUUCCCUUUACAAUAAUCAGAGCUGGUAGGUUGACUGAUGGACCAUACACCUCAUAUGAUCUUAAUACUUUGCUCAAAGCUACAGCAGGGCAACGGCGUGCUGUCCUCCUUGGUCAAGGUGACAAACUUGUUGGAGAGGCCAGCAGGAUUGUGGUUGCUGAAGCUUGCAUACAGGCUCUGGACAUUGAUUUCACUGAAGGACAGGCGUACGAAAUUAACUCAGUUGAGGGGGAGGGUCCAGGGAAUGAUCCUCAGAAGUGGAGUGAACUAUUCAGAGCUGCAACACAGUGAUUUGGUUCCCCACGUAUCUCUCUCUCUCCUCCAUUUAGUGUAAAUUAUUCACUUGAGAUUUGCCUCUCUCUCUCUCUCUCUCUCUCUCUCUCUCACUUCCCUAAAUGUAAUAUAAAAGUUUAAUGACAAAUUCAAAAUAGAUUUUGUAUGUUUCAAAAUCUGUCUAUGAGUUCAGAACUGAAAAAGUAAAACAAGAAAAUAAGUGAUAGGAAAAGUGGAGAGCCAAGAUAGACAGACAAAAAAUGCACAAGCGUCAUGCACGAGGGGAGAGAGCUACCAAACCAGUCACAUGCUGUACAUGGGACAUGUCUUCACUACGUCGUCAACGUCGCCAGAAGGGCUCGUCGUCGACGUCUGCGACUUGAACAAAAGGGAGAAGUGACUGGAACGAAAGCUCUUUAUCACUUGUUUUUACUUCUAGAGUUGAUUGAAAAUGGAAGAGUGCUGAAGGGAAGGCAGAAGGAUAAAAAGACGAACCAUUUUUGUGUCUCUUUGGAUCCACCAUUGGGGUUUGAGGUUCUGGAGAAAUAGGAUUCUGGAUUCUGGAUCAACCCAAGCCGGAAAAUUGGUGUAAUCAAGUGAAAAAGUUGUUUGAAGCUAAGAUGAUAAUAUGGAUAUUGUGGUUUGUAUACUUGAUUACUCGAAUUUAUGCAGACUGAAUAUUUGAAUA